AUGAGUUUAUCACGUCCAAACUCUUCUAAAAUGAAAAUAAAUGAUAAUUACUCAAGCAAUAGCAAUACAAGCAGGAUUCGCAAUAGAACUAAGAUAACUGUCGUUGUUAGGAAGAGGCCAUUAACUGAUAGUGAAGUAUUAAGAAAUGAUCCUGAUAUUGUGGAGGCAGUGGAUAAAGAAAAUACCAUAAUUGUGCAUGAGCUAAGAACAAAAGUAGACUGCACUAAAUAUAUGGAGAAGCAUUCUUAUACAUUUGAUCAUGUUUAUAGUGAAGAAGUAGAUAAUAAGGCUUUAUACGAAGAUGCAAUUCGUCCAUUAACUGAGAAUAUUUUUACUCCAGGUUUUAAAUGCACCUGUUUUGCUUAUGGUCAAACAGGUAGUGGCAAAACAUAUACAAUGAUGGGUAGUGGAAGUACUUCUUAUUCAGUUGGACAAUCUAUUGAAGGGCAUGAACUAGGUAUAUUUGAAUUAGCUGUUAAUAAUAUCUUUGAAUUACUGAGUCAAAGUGAACAUGAGGACAAAAAUGUCUAUGUUUCCUUUUUCGAAAUAUACUGUGACAAAAUUUAUGACCUAUUAAAUAAUCAGAAAAUGGUCACUGCACUAGAGAACAGUAAGAGAGAAGUGGUUGUUAAAGAUCUAACCGAAAAGCUUAUACAAGAUCGCAUGGAUUUAAUGUUGAUUAUAAGUAAAGGACUUGAAUAUAGGAGAACAGCACAAAAUAGUAUGAAUGAUAUGUCAUCUAGAUCUCAUGCUCUUCUUCAAAUAGAAAUACGCUCCAAAAUACUUACUAGUCCAAAGGGGUCAUUGCAAUCUCCAAAAGCAAUGACUUAUGGAAAGAUGGUAUUUGUUGACUUAGCAGGAAGUGAAAGAGGAGCUGAUACUGUACAUUGUAGCAGGCAAACACAGCAGGAUGGUGCUGGAAUUAAUCGUUCUCUAUUAGCCUUAAAGGAAUGUAUCCGUGCAUUACAUGAUCAACAAAGCAGCCAUGUUCCAUUCAGACAAUCAGAAUUAACCAAAGUUUUAAAAGAUGUCUUUGUUGGAAAUGCCCAUUCUAUUAUGAUUGCAAAUAUAGGACCUUGUUUAUCAUGCUGCGAACAAACUUUAAAUACUCUGAGAUAUGCUCAUAGAGUUAAGGAAUUGAGGAGAAAUUCAAUAUAUAAAAAAGAUACGAUGAUUAAAGAAAGGGUAGCUAACUUUACACCAACGAGAAUAGAUAAGAAAAGUAUACCACAACAAAGAACUAAAUUAAUACAAGAGAAUGCUAGUCCGGAAAUUUAUGGUGAAGAAGAGUGUGAUGAAUACAGAGAAGUAGAUGGUGAAAUACAGGAAUAUGAUACAAGUAUUAGUCCGAUGGUGCGUUACAGCACACUUACUGAUAAUAUUGAAAAUGCACUAGUAUCUCCAUGUUCAAAUUCACAACUUGAAUCCUCAGUGAACAUUAAAACUAUAUUUAAUUAUACAAAUGGCAAUUCAAUAUUUAAGAUACCAGGUAUUGGAUUAGUCAAUAUAAGAUCUAUUAGUAAUUCUGACAAAUUAAAGUUACAAAGAUACUUGCAGGAUCACAUUAUGAAGAAACAAGAAGAAUUGGCAUCUAAUCAUGCAUCUCAUCUUGGAAUUUUAUGUGAGUGCUUGAAAGAGGAGUCUAUAAUCUUGAAGACACUAAUAAAGAAGGAUUAUGACUCUGAAAACUCACAGCUGUAUGUUCAGAAACUGAGAAGUCUAGUAACAAGAAAGUCCGAAUCACUAACUAAUUUACAUAAUGAGCUAUCAGAUCUAGAAGAUCUCAUGGAGAUUAUUCAAAACCUUAAAACAUAA